CUAUUGAUUUAUUAUAAAGCAGACAUUUGAAGAAUACACUUCUGAAACAAUGGGAUUUUUCUUUGGGGAUGAUAAUAGCAAACAUGUCCAGGUAAUGGACAGCAACAAGAUAAUUAUCGCAAUGCUGAUCACGCUUUUAGUGAUUAAAAUAAUAGAAAUCAUAGUCUUUUUCACGCGAGGAUUUAAAAAGAGUGUCACACGUUUAAAGAGAGAAAAUGUGUAAAGAAGAAAAGAAGGAAAAAAGAGUAAGAACGACAU